AAUCCAGGCAGGGCAGGGGCUGAUAGGCUGCCCGGCAGGAAAGCGCCUUACGUAGGCAACCGGCUCCGCUCUCAACUUGCCACCCGCGCCGGGAGAAGCCGCUGGCAAGCGAAGCCCCGAGCCCCUCGCCCAUCGCCCACCCGCCCUCCGCCAUGGACUGCUGCAAUGAAGGGGCCUGCACGAAGCUGGACGAGGACAUCCUGGACAUCCCCUUGGACGAUCCCGACGCCAACGCGGCGGCCGCCAAGAUCCAGGCGAGUUUCCGCGGCCAUAUGACCCGCAAGAAGAUCAAAGGGGGGGAGAUGGAGCGGAAAACCAAGGAGGCCGAGUGCGCCAACAGCCCCCGCGGCGGCGACCUCCGCAACGGCGACUAGGUUGCCAAGGAUCCCGGACCCUCCGCUGCCCCCCUGCACCCGCUUGGCCCCCCCAUGUACCCCCGGCCCCCCCCGGGCCCUGCCCCUGCCUCCUCCCAAUAAACCCCCCCGGGGUCCCGCCCGGCCUCGGCGCCUUCUGACGUCA